UAGAAAAACACAUCAUAUAAACAAGCGUCCUUAGGAAAUUCCUAAAAUAAUCACGAAAAUAACAGUGUCGACAUAGUUACCUUCAUAAAACUAAUGAGAAUCGAAGAAUAAGCUUCAAACAUGAUAUCUAACACAUCAAACGUGCCUCCCGCGCAAGAUAUGCCGGCGAAAUUAAAGGAUAAUUCGUCUCAGAAAGGAAUUCUGGACGUAGUGCUUAGUCUCCCUGCAAAUUCGACACCCGCUGAAUUGAUGCGAAACGCAUACAACGACCAUGGCGAUGUUAUAACAUCAACACCUGUGAUUCUUUCGUUUCCACCAAAACGCCCUGUAUCAAAACCAAUAUCACCAUUUCAGUUGAAAAGCAUUCUUAUGGAGCAUUGCUAUGCUCGGCCGGGGAAUUGGAGACCAGAUUCACACUUUCUACGACCCGCAAAUACAUUAUUUAUUGAUGAUGCAGAAAACAAAGACAAGUUGGUUGCAGACCAGGAGGAUACAAUUGAUGUUUGUGAUGUUGAUGAUACCAAACUUCCACAUUAUGAUGUAGAAGCAGCUAGGGGGCUGAUGGAUGAGUGUGACAAACAUGUAGUUGGUGUUAGGGAUACUGAAGAGUUUGAAGAUUGGGAAGUAAAAGUACCUAAGAUAAAUUGGUCAAAAAUCCAACACAACAUGUUCAGUAGCAUUGUUGAGAUAUUAAACUCUGAUAGAUUAUCACGUCUUGCAUUCACUGAUAACGCAACGGAACCAGCGCUUCGUCGAUCGGUGAUUGAGAAAUCAGUGAAACGUUUUCGUCGUUUGAUGGCUCAAUACAUGUGGGAUGUCAAGUUAAUUCAGUGGCUACACUCAGUCCUCAUGGAAUAUCUCAACGCAUGGCUUCUGGGUGCAUACCUAGACAUUUUACAGACACUCAGUCAUAAACUACCGACUUUUGUUGAAAAACUAAUGGGUGAUCCAAAUACCCACAGUCGCCACAGUUGUCUAAACUCAGAAAAUCUCCAAAAAAUCAUGAAACGCGUUUGGGAUCCGGUUGGGGUAGUCCCCCAUUCAGAGCGACUGAAACUAAUCCCGGGAGAUCCAGUGUUAGUUGUCAUUCCCAGCGCCAUUGCUUUAGCUACCAACACACAGUCAAAGCGAAUGCUUAGAUGGAUGGGUUUCUUAUCAAAAAUAGGCACUGUUGUUCCAGUGACGUUAAAUAAUCCUAGCAGUAAGAAUAUGAGCAUGGUGCAUUGCGCCGAUCAAGCUAUGCUUGCCACUCGUGCGAAAUUACAAGAUGUGCAACAAGAAUACACUGGCCGAGCGAUUUUCUUGGUUGGUCUGCAUUCAGGUUCGGCGAUUGCACUUCAAGUUGCGCAUGUUGAAGCAGUCUUGGGUGUGAUAUGCCUUGGUUUCUCUGUGAAUACAUCGGCGGGUAGACGUGGGGAACCUGAUGAUAAACUUUUGGAUUUAAUUGCGCCAGUGUUGUUUGUUAUUGGACAAGUUGCUCAUACAUCAUUGCAGGAGAAUCUCGAAGAUAUUCGUGAGCGUAUGAAUGUGGAAACAGGUCUGCUUGUCGUUGGAGGCGCUGACGAUUACCUCCGUGUAAAUAAACGUGUGAAACGCGCUGAAGGCAUCACUCAGCACAUCGUUGACAGAUACAUCAUUGAGGAGGUGUAUGAUUUUGUUAGUGGUUUGCUCCUGUCGCCAUUUCCACCUCAGAUGCGCAAACAUAAAAACGCGAAUGCAAACGCACCGGAAAUUGGUGCAAAACGCCAGAAAACUGAACGUAAACGCAAUAAUUCUAACGGUAGUUCUCUGGAUAGUGAACCACCUUCACCUACACCUCGAGCUGCUCGUCCAGCACCAGUCGGUCGAAAUCUGACGGCUAAAACAAUUCGUAAAUUAGAUGCAAAGUACUACUCCAAGUUUGAGGGUAAUUACGUGCCAAGUUCGCCCUCUUCGAAUUCUAUCACACCUCCGAAUCCACCUAGCACACCAGAGAGUUUUAUGGACGGUGAUUUCCAUCACAAUAAAACACCUGCAAUGGAUACUGUUAUAAAUGCUAAACUUCAAGGGAUCUAUUCACAGUCACCGGGAAUGUUACCACAUGUAAAACAAGCUGGAGGCUUGAAAAUCAUCCCGCCUAAUACCCAGAAACUGAAAGUCCUUGAUAGUAUUAUUAUACCGAAAUCAGGACCUCGUCCUGAAGUGAUAAAAACAAGUUAUGGUACCAAUAUGGUGUUGAUGCCUGACGGCCGAUACAAAACAGCGCCACCACCUCCGGUUAUUCGUGGUAGUGCCACUUCGCAACUUUCCAAGCUUUUAACUAGCGGACAAGUUAUGACUGCUGGGCCACAAUCUGCAACCAGUUCUACAGCACGUGCUAGUUUAACCAAAUUUAUCACAUCCAAGAAACAACUACAGGGAAAUACUCCAAGAAUUAUAAAGAAAAACCCACCGUAUGCCCAACUCCCUCCACCUGCGAAUUUAACAUCGCAAGACAUCCUAAACUUGCCGAUUAUCUUCGCUGAUGAUAAUCAAUUACUGACUGAUGUCCAACCGCCGCCGAUUCGAUUGUCAGGCGGGCAGCCUAAGUUGGUACUUGUGAACAAACAGGGUACGCCUGUCGUGCGGCAUCAGACAACGAUACAUAAACGCCCGCUUACUAAAAAACUACCACCUGGCGCUGCAUCCGCUAUUAAAUAUUCCACAAUGCCUUCAACAAUUAGGAUGGAUAUUGAUAUCGAAGGCCAGUUGGAUGCGAAUACAAUUCAUAAGAAGAUGCCGACGUUUACUAUGCGUAAAGCGGUUGAUUCCACAGGGUACAAAACAGAUCUGAUGUCUUCGGACUUGAUCACGACGAAAAUCAAGCAGGCGAUUGAGAAAACUGACGGCACGAGCGGCGAUUCUCAGUUGUAAUUUGCUUUUAGAAGAGACAAUAAUCGUUUAUAUGUUUAUUAUAAAUGAAUAUUUUCAAGUCAACGUACCUCCAUUAGACUUGGAAGUGUGGGAUACUUUUCAAUUAUUGAUUCGGCUGUUUCCAACCGUGCUAAUGGAAAUGCCGUUAUCUGUUGCUGCCAGAGGCGUUUCAAUCCAUUACCUUUUUUGUCGACUUUCACGCAGUCUUUGUUAUCGCCCUUCAUGUACCAAUUUGUUGCCGCGUACUUUUCCUGCUGUUGCAAUCUGUAUAAAGUAUAAAAACAAGAAUUGUUAUAAUUUAUAACAAAUAGAUUAUGAAUAUUUA